AUGGCGAUGAUUAGCGUAGGGGCAUAUGCCUCUAUUUGUUGCAUGACUGUUAUUUCUGAUUUAGCCCCCUGCGCGGGCUUUGUUUCAGGGACCGCCGCUCAGCCGCCAAAGGCAUGCUGUGACGGCAUUGGCAGUCUGAAUGCCGCCACCAAUACAAAAACGGACAGGCAAGCCGCUUGUAAGUGCGUAAAGUCUCUUAUAGGGUGCACUCCCAUCAAUUAUACUAGGGCUGGCGAAUUGCCCAAACGCUGCGGGGUAAACAUCGGCAUACCCAUCAGCCCUUCAGUUGACUGCUCCAAUAUCAGCCGAGCUACCUCAAAUCUGCCCAUGACGUCGCCACCAUGA